AUGUCGGUCCCAACAGAAACCGCCGAGCGCCAGGAGGACGCCUACUUCUCGUCCCAGCCUCCACCCAAGAACCUUGAGUCCCACGUCUCGGCCGCGCGUUCCUUCAUAAACCACCACGCCGCCUCCUCCCGGCGCAUCGUCCUCGUCACCUCGGGCGGCACGACUGUGCCCCUUGAGAAGCAGACGGUCCGCUUCAUCGACAAUUUCUCCGCGGGAACCCGCGGCGCCACCUCGUCCGAGUACUUCCUCGAGGCCGGCUACGCCGUCAUCUUCUUGCACCGCCAGUUCUCCCUGCAGCCCUACUCGCGCCACUACUCCCACGCCACCGACUGCUUCCUCGACUUCCUCGCCGAGGGCCACGACGGCACCGUCGUCGCGAACCCAGGCCACCAGGAGCGCAUGCGCGCCGUCCUGCGCAAGUACACCGCUGCCAAGCGCAACAACAUGCUGCUGAUGCUCCCCUUCACGACAAUCACCGACUACCUCUUUGAGCUGCGCGCCAUCGCCGGCCUGCUGAGGCCCCUCGGCCCCUCGGCCCUGCUCUACCUCGCCGCCGCCGUCUCCGACUUCUUCCUCCCCCAAGACCGCAUGGCCGAGCACAAGAUCCAGUCCACCAACGCCACGGACUCGUUUGGCUCCGGAGCCCCGGCCGCCGCGCCCACCCCCGCCAGGACCCCCGCUAGGAGCAACGGAGACGGCAACGGCAACGGUGCCAGCCCCGAGGACGAGGAGACGUUUGACAACUUCGACUCGUCCCCCAAGGUGCCCCGCUCUAAGCGCCUCAUCGUCGACCUCGACCCCGUACCCAAGUUCCUCCAGAACCUCGUCGACGGUUGGGCGCCUCAGGGCAUGGUCGUCAGCUUCAAGCUCGAGACAGACCCGGCCAUCCUUGUGCACAAGGCCAAAUACUCACUCGAGCGCUACCAGCACCACCUCGUCAUCGGCAACCUGUUGUCCACGCGCAAGUGGGAGGUCGUCUUCGUCGCGCCGGGCCAGGCCGACCGGUGGGUCCGCGUGCCGAGCGCCCAGCGGGAGAGAUCCGCCGGCGGCGACGGGUCCGAGGCGUCAUGGGAGGACAAGCCGCUGGACCCCAACGCGCUGCCGGAGAGCGACCCCGAGGUGGAGAUUGAAAGCUUGAUCAUCCCCGCCGUGGAGGACCUACAUUCGCAGCAUAUCCAGUCCUUGCAGAAGUAG